CAUUCACAGUGAGGAAGUGACUUCUCAUUUCAGAGAAAACAAAACUGAUCUCUCUCUCUCUCUCUCUCUCUCAGUGUGAGAGUUCAGGAAAAUGGCUGAGGCCAGUAUUUCAGUAGCUCAGGACCAGUUCAUCUGUCCAGUGUGUCUGGAUCUCCUGAAGGAUCCGGUGACUAUCCCCUGUGGUCACAGUUUCUGUGAGGUGUGUAUUAAUGGCUGCUGGGAUCAGGAGGCUCAGAAGGGUGUCUACAGCUGUCCUCAGUGCAGAGGCACUUUUACUACAAGACCUGUUCUACACAGAAACAACAUGCUAGCUGAAGUGGUGGAGAAACUGAAGAAGACUGAAGUCCAAGCUACUUCUCCUGUUCACUGUUUUGCUGGAUCUGGAGAUGUGGAGUGUGAUUUCUGCACCGGGAGAAAACACAAAGCCAUCAAGUCCUGUCUGAUUUGUCUGACAUCAUUUUGUGAAAUUCAUCUGAAACCUCAUCUAGAAGUUCCUGCUUUGAAAAAACACACCUUAAUUGAAGCCUCAGUAAAACUACAAGAGAAGAUCUGUUCUGAACAUAACAAGCUGAUUGAGAUCUACUGUCGUACUGAUCAAGUAUAUAUUUGCUCUUUGUGUUUGUUGGAGAAACAUAAAGACCACGAUGCUGUUUCAGCUGCAGCAGAAAGAGCUGAGAAACAGACUGAGUUAAAGGAGGAGCAGAUGAUAUCCCAGCAGAGAAUCCAGGAGAAGCAGAAGAAGGUGCAGGAGCUGAAACAGGCUGUGAACAUUAUAAAGCUCAGUGCACAGACAGCAGUGGAGGACAGUGAGAGGAUCUUUACUGAGCUAAUCAGCUCCAUGGAGAAAAAGCGCUCGGAGGUGACAGAGCUGAUCAGAGAUCAGGAGAAGGCUGAACUGAGUCAAACUGAACGGCUCCUGGAGCAACUGGAGCAGGAGAUUGCUGAUCUUCAAAGGAGAGUUACUGAGCUGGAACAGCUUUCAUACACACACGAUCACAUCCAUUUCCUCCAGGUUUUAGCUUCUGGACGUCAGUCUCCUCCAUUCAGUAGACCAAAUUUUCAAGCAUCCAGCAUCACUGCCCAUCAACCUCUCUCAUUUGACAGAGUGAGGCAUUUUUUCUCAGAUCUGAAAAAGACACUUGAGGAAUUCUGUGAGCAGGAAUUCAACAAAAUCCCUCCACAUGCUGCAGCAAUUCAGAUAAUUUCACCACCAGAGCCACAGAGCAGAGAAGAGUUUCUGAAAUAUUUCUGUUAUCUGACUCUGGAUCCCAACACGGCACAUCGUAACCUCAUGCUGUCUGAGAAGAACAGAAUGGUGAGAUACAGUGGACGUGAGCAGCAGUACUCUGAUCAUCUAGAGAGAUUUGACUCCAGGACUCAGGUGUUGUGUAAGGAGAAUAUGUGCGGACGCUGUUACUGGGAGGUAGAAUGGAGUGGUGUUGGUAGUGUGGAUAUAUCAGUCUCAUAUAAAGACAUCAGCAGGAAAGGACGGGGUAAAGAGUCUGGGUUUGGUUACAACAAUCAGUCCUGGUGUCUUUGGUGUUCUUCUUCUUCUCUCUAUUUCUUUCACAACAAUAUUAAAAUUGAUGUCAGAGUUCCAUCAUCCUCCAGAAUAGGUGUGUAUGUGGAUUAUAGUGCAGGAACUUUGUCUUUCUACAGUGUCUCUGACAAAAUGAAGCUCCUCCACAGAGUCCACACCACAUUCAUUCAGCCUCUAUAUGCUGGAUUCUGGCUCUCCUGGUUUUCUGGUUCUGCUGUGAGAUUGUGUGAUCCAGAAUAGAAAAGUGUGUUGUGUUUUAUUUUUGUGUUUUAUUCCUGAACGUUACCACAUUGCUGCUCGAUCAUCUGUUUUACUGGAACACAAUCCAGAUGCACAAAAUCCAGUCAUUGUAAUAUUUAAAUUAAAACAGAUGAAUAAAAUAAUCCAUCCAUUAGCUGUAACCAUUUAUCCUGUGCAGCAACACGGCAAGCUGGAGCCUAUUCCUGCUGACUAUGGGCGAGAGGCGGGGUACACCCUGGACAAGCCACCAAAUCAUUGUAGGGCUGACACAGAGACAACAAAACAAAAAAACAAUUCACACCUAUGGUCAAUUUAGAGCCACCAAUUAACCUAACCUGCAUGUCUUUGGACUGUGGGGGAAACUGGAGCACCUGGAGGAAACCCAUGCAGACAUGGGGAGAACAUGAAAACUCCACACAGAAAGGCCCUCGUCGGCUACUGGGCUUGAACCCAGAACCUUCUUGCUGUGAGGCAACAGUGCUAACCACUACAUCACUGUGCCACCCUGAAUAAAAUAAUUAAAAAGGAGAUGUUAAAAAUCAACUGUCAGACAAGAAACUUGUAAAGUUUGAAAAGAAAAGAAUUUCUCAUGACCUAAGCAUAAUAAAGUUCUGUUUGUUUCAUAUUAAGCAACACCUCAUUAAAUAACUAAUAAACAGUAAUUAAGCCAGUGUAAAACAUUUUAAACCUGUUCAGGUCACACUAAAAAUCUCAUCUCAUCUCAUUAUCUCUAGCUGCUUUAUCCUGUCUUAUAGGGUCGCAGGCAAGCUGGAGCCUAUCCCAGCUGACUACGGGUGAAAGGCGGGGUACACCCUGAAUACAUGUCAACCUAUACGGAAUGUCCGUAUUUUAUACGGAUUUGAUUCAAUAAACGUAGUAUACGGGCAUAUAAAUAAAGUUAUACGGAUUCUUUAAAAAAACUUCAAUAUUUAUUUAGAGCUAUAAUCAAUUCCCACGAUGAUAAACGUAUUGUACACCACAGCCAGCCAGUAAAGAGUCUUAUGAAAUCGCGUGUUAUCUUGUAGUAGCGAGACUUCGUUCCACUUUUGAUCAUGCGCACACCGCAUUGCGAGAAUCCCGCCAACCGUGAAGUCAUAGACAUAUAAACAUAGACGCCGCCUUCUGCGUAGAAUCAUACGUCAUCCUCGCCGCCAUAUUGGAUGGGGCAAAGUGGAGAUUCUUCAGCCGUCUCUGGUAUACAGUAGCCGAGAAUAAAGAUGCCUCAUUCAUGUGCUGCGUUUAACUGUACCAACAGGUUUACCGUCCAAACAAGAUCACAUGGGAUUACCUUUCACAGGUGAGACUGGAAAAAUACUUUGUAUUCAUUCUGAAGGUUUAUUGUUAUUAAUAUUGAAUAAAAAGUAACUGGGAUAUAUCAUUGCUAAUUAUCAUUCAAAUUUUAGGUAAAUUAUUUUAAUUUGCAUCUUAUACGGAUUUUAUAAGGGAAAUACGGAUUUUGGAGGUUGGUUAUACAGGUUUGAUUGACCAAAGGUUGACAUGUAUGACCCUGGACAAGUCGCCAGGUCAUCACAGGGCUGACACAUAGACACAGACAACCAUUCACACUCACAUUCACACCUAUGGUCAAUUUAGAGUCACCAGUUAACCUAACCUGCAUGUCUUUGGACUGUGGGGGAAACCAGAGCACCCGGAGGAAACCCACACGGACAUGGGGAGAACAUGCAAACUCCGCACAGAAAGGCCCUCGCCGGCCAUGGGGCUCGAACCCGGACCUUCUUGCUGUGAGGCGAGAGCGCUAACCACUACACCACCGUGCCGCCCCCUAUAUAAAAAUAAAAUCACUUUUAGAAUGAAUUUUAUUUUUCUGCUUGUGUUCUCAGAUGUAAAAUACACAUUCACUUUUUUAAAAUCUGAAGUUGUUUCUCAAUCCUGAAAUUUGAUUGUAAAACAUUGAACACUAUUUAAACUCCAUUACAACAUGCAGUACAGUACAUGAUUAGUUAAGGCUGACGAGUUCAUGCCUAAUGAUAAGCCCGCAGGUAGAACCGUAUAAAUCCAGGUUUAUCUGUGAGUUUGGAUUUUUUUAUUCAAAUAUUAUAAAGUUUUGCAAAAUAAACGAUAAGACCACAGGAGAAUAAAGUUUCCCCCAGUGAUGAAAUUUAUGUGGUUAACUCAUUUUCAGACAGAAGCUUUUAAGACUGAAGUCAGGAUGUCAGUAAGCCACUGUACUGACACACAAAGGUUUUUUUGUUUGUUUGUUUGUUUGUUCCUCCACUUUCGAUGUAUAUUUUUCAGUUAUUUAAUCUGUGGGAAAUAACUAGAGCGUCUUAAAUAUGUGUUUGUGAAAAUCACUGUAAACCUAUCUGACUUUUUUUCCUCCAAAAACAUCUCUUUUAAUGUUGUCCUAUAUUGUAUGUGGGAAUAAUGAUGAUAGAUAUGUCUCUGUUAACUGGAUCUGUCUGUGGUCUGAAACCUGAUUUAGAUUCUGAACAUGAUUGUUGGAAUUUUUUAUUGUUUUAAAAGUCCUUUUCAUCUAUCCAUCCAUCCAUUAUCUGUAGCCACUUAUCCUGUUCUACAGGUUCGCAGGCAAGCUGGAGCCUAUGUCCUUUUCAUCUCAACUCAUCUCAUUUUCUCCAGCCGCUUUAUCCUGCUCUAUUACAGUUCUCUAUUCUGAUUGGUCAGAAAGUGUUGAUUACUUUUCUGUAACAGCAGCUCUGACUGUAGCGUAGGUUUUGUAUUAAUGUGCUCCUUCUAAUACGUUUUGUUACUAUAGUAACAGCUCAUUCAUGUAAAAUGAUUUUAGACCGGUGUGUUAACAAAUAAAAAUGAAAGAAACGUG